UCUGAAAUGAAACCAAUCAUUGUGAUACAUGGUGGAGCUGGAACCAUCACCAGAGACAAACUUACAAUAGAAAUGGAGGAGCAGUACCGCAGUAUUCUUCAAACGGUACUAGAGUCGGCUCGCACCAUAUUGGAGGGUGGAGGAUCAGCUUUGGAUGCUGUUGAGGAGGCUGUUCGUCUAAUGGAGGAAAGCCCACUAUUCAACGCUGGACGUGGCAGUGUGAUGACCGCAGAUGGCACCUAUGAAAUGGAUGCAUCAAUCAUGGAUGGCAGUACACUCAAGGCUGGUGCAGUGGGUGGUGUUCAACGCAUCCGUAAUCCAAUACUCGCCGCUCGCACAGUCAUGGAUCGCACCCGUCAUGUCAUGUUGAUCGGUGAAGGUGCAGAGAGAUUUGCCAAGUCAAACUCUGAUCGCAUAGAACUUGUCGACCCAUCAUUCUUCUUCACGGAAAGAAGAAUGAAUGAACUAAAGAGAGCACAGAGCAAGUCAGAGGUUGUAUUGGAUCAUGAUGGUGCAAAUAAGAUAGCAGAGGACAAACAACAACAACAAGUGGCAGUUGAACCAUUGGAUCCUGAUCGCAAGUUUGGAACUGUGGGUGCAGUGGCACUUGACGUACAUGGAAACCUUGCAUCUGCAACGUCCACUGGUGGCAUGACCAAUAAGAUGCCUGGUAGAGUGGGUGAUUCACCAGUGAUUGGUGCAGGAUGCUACGCCAACAACAAGACUGUGGCUGUAUCGACGACUGGUGUUGGUGAGUCAUUCAUGCGUACUGUUGCAGCAUUUGACCUGUCAGCACUUAUGGACUAUGCCAACAAAUCAGUGGAGGAGGCAGGCAAGAUCGUAGUGUUUGAGCGAUUGCCAUCAGUCGAUGGCAGUGGUGGUCUGAUCGCAGUGGACAAGCAGGGCAACUUCACAAUGCCAUUCAACACAGAGGGAAUGUACAGGGGAUACGCUAGAGCCAAGGAAGAGGCACAUGUUUAUAUAUAUAAG